GAGACCCCAGACCCAAAUCCCAACACSCCAACACUGAGACCCUCAAUUCSUCAAGCCCCCUGCCCYCCUAAUGCCCCACCCUCAUGUCCCMGGGGACUAUGGGGCGGGGCCCCUCCAUUUCCCUCCCCUCAGGGCACUGGGGUGAAUCUCCUGCAGGGCCGGGGCAGAUGCAGCUGAUGGCAGCCGCUCCCAAAAUCUGGGGAGCUCCCUCAAAACAGGGGGUCCCGAGCCCCCUUCUCAUCAUCAACCUCCUCCUCSUCCUCCCAGGUUCCCAGAGCCAGAUCCCCAGCAACCCCUCGGUUUCCUCCUCACACUUGGACCCCUCAAACACCCUGGCUGUGACCACCAUCCCUGUCUCUGACCCCUCCUGCGGCCCCUGGGGAGGGGUCCACGUGUUGCCCGUGCCCACCUCCCGCUCCGGAGCCCUCGGGGACCCCCUGACCCUCGAGUGCCGCUUCUGGGCGCCGCCGGCUGCCAAUGUCACCUGGCUCCAGGUAUGUCCUCAGCGUUACCGUGGUGACASCUGGAACUGCAGCUGGCCCCAGGAGGUGCAGGCCAGGGCCGGGGGUCUCCAGGUGGUUCGGCGUGAGGGUCUUUCCACUCUCAACUUCUGGCACCUGGAGCACAACCACAGCGGGCUCUACUUCUGCCGUGUGGAGUUUGGCAACGUGACUGCCCAGUCCUGUGGGACUUUUGUAAGGGUUCGUGAGCCUGUGCAUGUGCCGUUCCUGGACCUGAGGGAGUCCACAAAGAACAGGAUCCUGACGGCGCAGGGSGUGCUGCUGCUGCUUUGUGCUGCGGGGCCAGGGCUGCUGCUGCUCUUCAGGAAGCGCUGGGCCAACGAACAGCUCCUCCAGCCCAAGAAAAUCUCCUGUGAGGAGGMAAAUCUUUAUGAGGGGCUGAACCUGGAUGAGUGCUCGAUGUAUGAGGACAUUUCCCGUGGGAUCCAACCUACCUACCAGGAUGUGGGGACCCCUCCUGCUGCUGAUGGCCUACUGGAGAAGCCCUAAAAGACCCCCAAAAAAAGGGCGGGGUCCCACAGGACCCCUCUCCAAACCUCUGUGUGCACCCUACCUCCCCGCAAAGGCUUUGCUUUGGUAACUCAAGGCUGUGCUGACCCCCCUCUCUCCACAAAAACAGCUGGUGAGGGUCUGGGGGCUACUGGGAGACCCCUCCUUGUGUGSAGCUGAUAAAUUGCUAA